AUGACAUCCCAAGUUGCUGGUAUGCAACUUGCAACUUGCAGGUAUGCAGCUUGUAUGGAUGCUACUUGGUGCGGCCGGCGGGCGCUGGCCUCGCUGGCGGCUGUCUCCGUGUGCCUGUGCUGCCUGGUGGCGGCGCGGCUCGCCGUGGCCGGCAGCGCGGGCCGCGCAGCCUUCUCCAGGGCGGACAACCCGGCGCGCGGCGCGCCGCGGCUGCUCACGCGCUGCCUCACGCUGGGCUACGCGCCCGCCUUCUGCUGGCUGCGGCUGCUGCUGGCGCCGCACGCGCUCUGCUUCGACUGGGGUGGGGUCAUCCGCGCCGCCCCCUCCCCGCCACGGCAGGGCGCCGGCGAACACCCUCCCCCUCUCCGUCAGCAAGAGGGCCAGAACUGCCAGGCAGCCAGUCACCGCUGCUGUCACCAGCGACGUCACCACUCCUGCCAACAGCAACAGCAACAGCAACAGCAUCAGCAGUCGUGGCUCACCACUCUGCACCUGCUCCAGCCUCCUCAUUCCACAGAUAAAUCUCUUUCCUCCUCUGAGGAGAUCCACAUGCAUGAGCAGUGCAAUCUGAGCGACCCAGACCGGUGCUCGGUGCCAGGCCGCGCGGCGCUGCUGGUGUCCCUGUCGCUGCUGGUGCUGCCGUACGUGCCGGCGAGCAACGCGCUCUUCUACGUGGGCUUCGUGGUGGCGGAGCGCGUGCUCUACCUGCCCAGCGCCGGCCACUGCCUGCUGCUCGGGCUCGGCUGGGCGCGCCUCAGGUCUGCCACCUCUGCCGGCGGCGGCCGCCUGCACAAACUGCUGCUCGUCGCGCUCGCCGUCACGUUGGCCAGCCUGGGCGCCCGCACCGUCGUGCGGAACCGCGACUGGCGCGACGAGGAGAGCCUCUUCCGGUCCGCGCUACACAUCAACCCGCCCAAGGCUUAUGGCAACCUGGGUUCAGUGCUGAGCUCCGCCGGCCGCCUGCAGGAGGCGGAGUGGGCGCUGAGGCAGGCGCUCAGGCACAGGCCCAACAUGGCCGACGUCCACUACAAUCUGGGCAACUUACUGGCGCGGCUGGGGCGCGUCGAAGAGGCGGAGCGCAGCUACCGGACGGCCAUCCAAUACCGACCCUCCCUGGCGGUGGCUUACGUGUCGCUGGGCCGCCUGCUUGAGGCGAUGGGUCGGCGCCCGGAGGCGGCGCAGCUGUACGCCCAGUGCGCACGGCUCAGCAGCGAGGGCCUGCGGGACCCCGCCGCGCACGAAGCGGCCACUGUGGCGGCAGGACGCCGACUGGCGCAGUUGCUGCAUGCCGCGCCAGAGCUCGACACCGGCGCCACCAAGGCCGCCGACAGAGACCUCUACCGACACGCUGCGGCGGCGCCGCACGGGCCCGCUCAACAGCUACUUCCAGAGUUGUGA